AACGGACAUCCAUGAGCACAACGGAACAUGUAACUUGUUCGUUUACGAAUAAUUGGGCAAGUGCCCUGUAGAGCAGAAGAUGACAAAAUAGCCUCACCUGAGCUACACGAAGAGCUCCCACAGUUUUCGUCAGAAGACUUACAAGUGUCCAAGAUUAUUCCAUUUGCGGACGAGGAACUCAACAAUGAGGAGCAGGAUUCCAACAUGUUUAUUUGUGUAUCUGAUGUCAUUUCACAGGCUUAUACAUAUCUCGAAGCCUAUGUGGAAAAAAAGUUCUUCAAACUGAAGCUUAGGGACAAACGGCGCCCCGCCACAUCUGGAUUUGUACACAAGCUAGUCCAGCUACCAGGAACCGAGCGAAUUCAGAAGAUUUUAAAUGUGGAUGGGUACGAAGGGACAGUCAGGAGUAGGAGAUGUAAGGAAGCUUUGGUUCGGGAUGUAGUCGCACUGCUUGUAUCCAACAAACUGCACAUAUCUUUACCAGAAGCAAGACGAAGAUGCUGUCAAACUGAACAUUCAUCGUUACACACCGCACUUAAAAAAAGUGAAGAAUUAAGAGCACACCGCUUAAUCAGCAGUACCGAGUCGUAAAUGGCAUGCUGUGUGUAAAUAAUAGAUGACUGAUGAGUUGACAAUGUGUAUUUUAUAUCAUUGUUAUCAUUGUAUCAUGGCUAUAUGCCUUGUACAUAUAGCCUACACCUAUAAUGUAUUUUCCAUUCCACCUCCAUACCAUUCAUUGCUUCACUUACACAUGUAUAGAAUCUUAGAAUGUACAAGAGAGUUAAUACACUAAUAAACUUGCCUAGGGUACUGCAGCAUAUGUAAUGAAACACAACUUUUAUCCGUACAUCUCAGUAAAGCGUUCUUCAGUUUA